AUGACGACAACACUAGCAGAGACUCCCAGAACAUCUCCGAUCAAUACAACCAAGGAGCAAUUCGGGCUUCGGCAAUGGGGCAUUCUUUCACCGUACCUGUUUAAUACGUACCCAGAUGCCCUGAAUGUCAAACUAAACUCACUCCUAAUUGGAUGCACUGUCAAUGAAACAACUAUAAACAAUCGCUGUUACGCAGACGAUAUGGUUCUGAUUUCCCCAUCAGUGCAAGGUCUCCAACGACUCAUCGACACUUGCCGCCAAUAUGCAGAGGAAUUUGAUAUACUAUACCCCGAAACCAAGAACCAGUGCAGUAUGUCUCUGCCCCCGAGAUCGCUUAAGCAUAUUGCAGAAACACAAAUUUUCUUUGGAAAUCAUCGGCUGGAAUUCGUGAACGAAUUUCCGUAUUUGGGUCACAUUACCACGGGCGAUCUAGAAGAUACGGCUGACAUAGAUGAGGCGCUUGUUCCCUAA